AUGAAGGCCAACACUCUGAUCCCCCUUCUGGGUCUAUCUGGCACUGCUUUGAGUGCGGCUGUUGCCAAAAACAAUCAAGAGCCCUGGGGAUACAAGUCCGGAUCGAAGGAGUCUAUUGCCAACCUCAAGGACAAGGUUGAGAAUGUGGUUUGGAUCCUGCUGGAGAACCGCGGAUUCGACAAUAUCCUGGGUGGUGUCCACAAGGAAGGUCUUGACAAUGUUGUGAACAACGGUCCCUUCUGUAACCCUCAGUCUGUGAACCAGACCCACGGCCAGAAAUGGUGCAGUGUCAACAAGGACUAUGAUUCGGUUAUCCAUGAUCCUGAUCACUCGGUCACUGGUGUCAACUUUGAGCUUUACGGCACCUAUAACCCCUCCAACAAGGACAUCGCCAGCGGCAAACUCAAGCCUAACCUGAAUGGCUUCGUUGAGAAGCAGAUGAUUUCAUACCCAAGCAUCUCCGCUAAGCGUGCCACUGAAGAGGUCAUGGGCUACUACACCGAGAGCGAGAUCCCAACACUCGUUGACUUGGUUGAUGAGUUCACCACCUUCAACUACUGGCACUCUUGUGUCCCCGGGCCCACCAACCCCAACCGCCUGUGCGCAAUUUCCGGAACCCCGGACGGCCACGGCGAGAACGACGAUAGCUUCCUUGAGUCUGGAAUCGACACCACCAGCAUCUUCGAGGUUGCCAGUGAGAAGGGUAUCUCAUGGCGCAACUACGACGGCACAAACGGCGCUUUCCUGCCCGACUCGCUAUUCUUCAACUGGACCGCCACCAAUGCCAAAUCCAACGUCGUCCCCAUGGAGAACUUCUACCAAGACGCCUACCUUGGCCUUCUCCCCCAACUCUCCUACAUCAACCCAUCCUGCUGUGGCCUGAACACCAACUCCAUGCACCCAUCCGGCAAUGUCUCAUUCGGCCAGGUCCUCGUCAAGCAAACGGGUGGUUUCUUCGACCACGUCGCUCCUCCUUUGGCCGUUCGUCCUGAUAACAAGACCUACACCGAGACCGCCGCCGACGGUUCCACCUACACUCUCAACUUUGACCGUCUGGGUGGCCGUAUGCCUACUUGGCUCGUCUCUCCCUACGCUCCUCAGGGCCAUGUGGAGAACUAUGGUGUUGACCCCGUCACUGGCAAGUCUUCUUCCUACAGCGCUACCUCCGUUCUUAAGACUCUGGGUUAUCUGUGGGAUCUGGAAGAUAUGUCUCCUCGUGUCAGCCACUCCCCAGCUUUUGACCAUCUUAUCGGUCCCAAGGCUCGUGCGUCGGCGCCUCAAACUCUUACCAACCCCCCAUGUGUUCCCGGAUGCUGUUUAAGUUUUGUGCGGAGUGGUGAGAUUUGUAAAAAGAAAGACUGGUAUGGGAGGCCUUUCGAAUACUUUCGUCUUUGUGAUUUUGAUGUACUAUGGCCCGGGGUGGUAUCUUAUGAAUUUUGUUAA